UUUUAAACUGUGUGAAACAAUGAACAUAUGUACAGAAUAUAAGCAGUGUUAAGUUGAAAUCAAUUUUUCCGAUAUGAGCACUUGUGGAUAUAACGCCACGUGCCUCGCACCAACUACCGGCACGGUGCCGCAGACGUUUGCUUCUGCAAUUCAAUUCUUCACAGCAGCUCAGUGUUUACUAGCAGAGACGCCACUUCCUGAUGAUGUUGUGGAAGAUGGGUCUUCAUUCGACUUUAUCAUAGUUGGAGGAGGUUCUGCAGGGUGUGUGUUAGCCAACCGGUUAAGUGAAGUGGAGCAAUGGAAGGUACUUCUGAUCGAAGCCGGACCGAGCCCACCUGUGGAGAGCGCUAUACCUGCAAUGACCGGAGGAAUCUUGCACACUUCAUAUGACUGGCAAUAUUUCACACAGGAUAAUGGAGUAACGAAUAAAGCAACUGUCAAUCAUACCGUUUAUUGGCCCCGUGCAAAAAUGUUGGGUGGAUGCAGUAAUAUAAACGGCAUGGUGUACUUUAGAGGAAAUAAUUUAGAUUACCAGAGAUGGUACGAUGCUGGCAAUACAGAUUGGAGUCCAGACGUUGUAAAAGAAUGCUUCAAAAAAGCCGAAAAUGUUCAAGACCAAUCUUUAUUAGAAAACCCUGAUCUAGAAAGUUUCUACGGUACUCAGGGUCCAUUGAUCAUCAAUACUUUCAACAGUACUUACAGAGAUCUGACGCUAAAAGUACUUCAGUCAUGGGAUGAAAUAGGUAUUGAAACGGUUGAAGACUUAAAUUUUAAUAACAAUUUUGGAUCUGGAAUAUUUAGAGCUACUGCAGCCAAUGGACGACGCUCAAGCACUGAAUAUGUGUAUUUAAGGCCAGCAAGAACUAGGGACAAUUUGUAUGUUCUUACAAAUGCGAUGGUUACCAAAGUCCUUAUUAAUGAAACCACAUUGGAAGCUGAAGGUGUUGAGGUGGAUGUCAAUGGUACACAGUUCAGCUUUUAUGCAACAACUGAAGUCAUAGUGUCUGCUGGUACCGUAAACACACCACAGUUACUUAUGUUAUCUGGAAUUGGACCAAAAGAGCACUUAGAAUCGAAAAAUAUUAGCUGUCUAGUUGAUUUGCCUGCAGUUGGAAAAUACUUGCAAGACCAUUUCAUUGUUCCAGUUACUAUAUAUGGCAGUGGUUCCCCUGACCCUACUCUAAGAGAAAAGAGUUUGGAUACAUUAUUAUACAUUUAUAACAAAACUGGUACUCUGGCCCAAAAUACUUUUGCUGACGUCAUGGCAUUUUACGCCAGAAAUGGAACUGAAUACCCAGAAUUUCAGAAUCAUCUAAAACUAUUCAACAAGAAUUCAUCAACAUUAGAAGCUUAUUUAACUCGUUAUGCUUAUUAUAAAGAUGUCAUGACAGAAUCAGUAUUGAAUUUCAAUAAGAACAAUACCUUGUACUUGUUCUCGUUCAACCUCCUUCAUCCUCAAUCUACAGGGGAAAUAAUUUUAAACUCGUCUGAUCCUCUAGAUCACCCGUUGAUUUACACUAACUAUCUAAAUAACACCGAGGAUAUAAAUGCCACAGUUGCGGGGAUACAGAUGUUAACAAAGAUUGUUGAUACAGAAUAUUUUCAAUCCAUCAAUGGAUUUUUGGGACGAAUGAGUUGGCCUGAGUGUGAUCCUUAUGAACUGGACAGCUUUGAAUAUUGGCAAUGUAUAGCUAUAAAUGCGGUUACUACAAUAUACCAUCCGAUUGGAACUGCAAGAAUGGGUAAUGAUACUACAACGUCUGUAAUAAGCAGUCAAAUGAAAGUACAUUUUGUCGAUAAACUGCGAGUGGUGGAUGCCAGUGCAAUGAUGUCACAAAUCAGUGGGAACAUCAAUGGUGCAGUCAUUAUGGUUGCUGAAAGAGCAGCCAAUUUAAUUAAAGAAUAUUAUGGUUUUCAAACAAAUGAUACGUGCAAUAAUUGAUAUUUGUAAUUUUUGAUUAUGUUUUAAAACUUGAAUGUGUAUGUAUACGAUUAUGCUGUAAUAAAAUAUAUGGCAU